AUGUCUUCAUCCAGUGUGGGAACAUCUUCAUCAAACUCGAACAAACCACUCGAUGAACGAAUUAAAUUCUUUAAACACAUUCCCAUCAUUAAAUUUGAAAACAUACCACUCAAUUAUUUAAACCGUGAUGAUGUGUGUUCAUUUCUCGGAGAUGUUAUUCCCGGUCUUGAUUUGGAAAUUUUAUUUAAAGAAUUUAGAGUCAUCAUGCCACAUAAGAAUACACGUCGGAGAGUAGAUACACUGAUUUAUGAUCGUCAAAAUAAUGAAGAAUUUAAUCAUGUGAAAACAAAAUUAUUACAAUUUCAAAAUUCAUACAAAUAUUGUCCGAGAAGUGUUCUUGAUAAAACAACGCAAUCGGAACGGUUAUGUUUUAUGAAGGCAGAAUAUGUUCAUGAAAUGUUUGUUUAUGCAUUAACGGAAGAUGAUUCAGACCUCGUUUCUUCAUUUUCACUAUUAAGAUCGAUAUUGGAUGAAACCAUUCUCAAGUCUCCCUAUCCUUCUUCAUUUAAGCAAACAAUUUCUGUGGAUAAAAAGCCAACUAGUGGAAAUAAGAAGAAAAACAAAGAUAAGGUAUUUCCCAUUGUUUUUCAACCUGCAAAACAUGAAGUUUGGGAGAUUAGUUUGUCAGAAUCUUGGGUGCCAAUGGUUAAAGAAGAAAAGAAUGUAGCAACUAAAGGUCUCAAACAAUUAAUACAAGAGGAUACAGGGUCUUCAACUUCAUCGUCACCGCUUGCGGUGUCUAGUGAUACAUCAAAGUCAUUGGUGACAUCAAGCGAUUCUAAUUUAACAUCAAGAUCAGCAACGCAAUCUGCACCUAACACCAACCAAGAUAUCAAUAAUGAAAUGCAUACUUCAUUAUGGCCUCAAGAUUACACUCUCACAGGAAUUGUGUCUUUUGGAAAAGCGAUACGACAAUUUUCUAAUUUCUCUAUUCAAAAAACCGAGGUUACAUUCCUAAUUUCCAAACAAAAUAUAACGGAUCAAACAGAGAAAAUGACAACAGGAAAUUCUAAAAAGGUGACCCUGAAGAGGCAAAGAAUUUCUCAAGCUUGGCUUCUCCACGACGAGGGAGCAUUUGGAUUUUCCUAUGAUGGGGGAGUGUCUGGAAUUGUAUCAUCGAUAUUUUUUGAUUCUUCCUUUUCAUUCAUUACAAUUAAUGCUUCUCCUAUUCAAAAACCAGUGGUCGAAUUAUUUCAAACCGCUCUCCAACUAGCUCCCUAUGAUAAGAAGCUUAUCAAAAAAGGUGUCUUGACACCACAACAGUUGAAAGAAUUGAUUUCAUCACAUCCAAAAACGGAUACUAGUACGAAUGGAAGCACGGACAAUACCAUUCGACAUCCUUCAAAUUGUGAUAAGGAUAACACUAGUACUGCGAGCACAGGGACCACUCGCUCGAAAACUACACAUGAUACUGCUAGCUCACAAAUUCCAAAAACGAAAUCCGUUACAAACUCUAACGAGACAUUAUCCUGCAAACUUGACUCGAAAAAUGAUAUGUCAGAGGACCAAAACUCUCACACCUCAGCUUGUUACGACGAUUAUGAUCAAGCACUGCCUAGUUCUGAACCCAAUGUCAAGAAGAGAAAAUUAGAAAACGAAACUGUUAUUAAUCCAGCACAACAACCAAUCGCUGUUGAGAACGAAAAGCUCUUAGUUUUACAACGAUUACAUGAAUACCAAAUUUUAUCAAGUGAAGAAUAUCGACAAAAGGUAACAUUGAUCGAUGCUGUCAAUCGAUACAAGAAUGGUGACACUUCAUUGAUGAAAGAGAUUAUUGAAAAGAAGAAAGUUUUUUUAACUGAUUUUUCAUCAUUCCCUCAAUUCAUUUGUCCUCUUACAGGAACACUUGCCAAAGAACCAGUGUUGGGCAAUGAUGGUCAAAUUUAUGAAAAGGAAGCUAUUAUGGCAUUGCUCUAUAAGAAUGCCACACAAUCACAACCAAUGAAAGUUACACAAUAUUCAAUCAUUCAAAGUGCGGCACAAGAAGUCAACCAAAUUAUAGAAUCCAAAUUACAAGAUGUUUUCGAAUUUUUACACAAUAUCAUUGCUGAAUUUUCAAUUUUCGACAUAGAUUUACUUCCACUUUUAACAGCUUUCAUGCUGCUCGAUACUCACCGUAAAUAUACAUUGAAAUCACUUUAUUUGAAGUUUAAAAUUAUUGAGGCAAAUAUUUCACGGUUUAGGAGUAAUGAACUUGCAAGUUUGAAUGCUAGUGAAUCGAAUACAGAGGCAUGCUCAUCGUUGCUAAUUCUUCAAGAUUGUAUUACUGGAAUCAUUUCUUUGGAAACAGAAAAACGCAACAUGAUCCCUGCACUAAUUUUUGGUCUGAAGGAAAAGGUUUCGAAAGAUGUUUUUAAUUGUUAUUCUUUGGCACUGUAUGUGGCGUGUGAAUCCAAAUUUGAGGAAUUAUAUGAUCAACUUGCGAAGCAGAAGAGUGAAUUUCUAUACAACAGUAUACUGUGUGCCGUUUAUUCAGUGGUAAAAUGCAUGUCUUUUGCUGACUUUAUCAAACACAUCAAGCCCGAACCUGGGACUUCGAAAGCGACACACUAUGCACAUUUAUUGCUACUCUUGUGUGACAGUGAGUUGAGGUUUCUUGAGGAAAAUGUGGCAACAAAUAAAUAA